UAGUGCUUUAUAUUGAAGUGAGUCUUUUGGGCUUAAAUUUAGAUGGGUCCAAAAUUUGAUUGCCCGUUUCUGAAUGUUUAACAGUAAUGGGAAACGUCCCAGUUCUGCUCGGCAGGCGUUAUUUGGAGUUUUUCUUUGAACAUUUAGGAUUCUUCUACAGAAUUCAGUAUGGAGAGCUUCUAUUGGGUGUUUGUCCCAUGAGCCAUGCUCCAGUCUACUGAGGGGGCCCCAGAUCUCACUUCCAUACAGAGCUAUAGCAGCACAUGAAUCCAGCAUGUAUGAACUACCCAUGUAUUUACUGAGUAACCUGCUGCUGACCUGCGCUCUCACCUGUCAGUAUGUCACCUGUGCGUUUCCCACCUCUUACGUGGACAGAAAGUCCUCUGACUACAGUAUUUAAAGACGUGCGCAGAUUGUUCACUACGGUCUUGUCUGGCGUCAAGAUGGUUCAGAUGUGGAGUUUGGGUCUGCUGUGUCUCCUUGUUGGAGCGUCAUAUGCGGCUGAGGUGUGUUACGAUGAGGUAGGCUGCUUUGAUGACCUUCCUCCCUGGGGGGGCACCGCUGAGAGACCCGCCUCAAUCCUGCCAUGGGACCCAGAGAUGAUCGGCACCCGCUUCCUCCUCUACACCCAGAGGAACCGUUACUAUCAGGAGAUCAAGGCUGACAAAACCAUCGAAGCAACAAACUACAGUGGAUUGAGUAAGACUCGAUUCGUCAUCCCUGGAUAUCUGCAAAAAGGAGAGGAGGACUGGCCUCGGGAUAUGUGCAAGGUCAUGGUGUCAUGGGAGAAAGUGAACUGCGUCGCUGUGGAGUGGAAGAAAGGUGUGAUGACUUCUUACGCUAGGGCUGCUAACAACGCCCGUGUGGUGGCUGUUCAGGUGGCAGACAUGAUCGACUUCUUAAUGACCAAGUUCAAGCAAAGUGGUGAGAAGUUCCACAUUAUCGGACACAGUGUCGGAGCUCAUGCUGCGGGAGACGUUGGCAGCAGGAUCAGCGGCAUCGCACGCAUCACAGGACUGGACCCAACUGAACCCUACUUCCAGGGCGCUAAUGCCACUGUGCGUCUGGACACCAGCGAUGCUCUGUUUGUGGAUGUCAUCCACACAGACGCUCUUCCUUACCACUCCAAACUUGGUCUGGGGAUGACUGAGCCUGUGGGCCACAUCGACUUCUACCCAAACGGAGGAGAGCUGAUGUCCGGCUGCUCCUCCAACAGAGGCAAGCCCAGUGACCUGGACGCCUUCUGGGAGGGCUCCAAGAAGUUUGAUACCUGCAACCACGUCCGAGCCUACCAGUACUACAGCGAGAGCAUCGUAAAACCCAAAGGCUUUGUGGGAUUCCCCUGCUCUGACAAGGACAGCUUUGCUAAGGGAAAGUGUUUCCCGUGCGCAGACAAGUGUCCUCUGAUGGGCCACUUUGCUGACAAGUUCCCUUUGACUGAUGGCUUUUCCAAGACAAAGUACUUCCUCAACACGGGCGAAACAAAUCCCUUUGGCACGUACUCGUACAAAAUGCUGGUAACCAUCGCUGGUCCCAGCUACCCAAAUCAAGCCUUCAUGUACGUGGCACUGGCUGGAGAGGAUGAGAGCACCAAGGAGUACAGGCUUCAUGUGGGAACCAUGAUGCCUGGGCGGACCUACGAGCUGCUGAUCGACGCUGAGGUGGAUGUGGGUGAUGUGGCGGAGGUGAAGUUCAGGUGGAACAACCACCAUCCUAACAUCAUGAAUCCAAAGUACGGUGCAUCCAGGGUGGAGCUGCAGAGAGGAAGGGACAACAAGAUCUCUCACUUCUGUGGAACAAAUAACGUGGAGGAGAUGAAGAUCCAGUCCGUGCUACCCUGUCCGGUCUAACCUGCUUCAGUCUCCUCGUCACUCGGACUCUUUCAAUAAAGAUUCUGCUGUCAAACCUGC